UCACAGCUUUCAACUAAAGCAACUUCCAUCCAAUCAUUUGUCACCCCUCUCAAAGGACACCUUGCCCUUAUUUAAAUGUCUGAAUGAACUGGCAGCAUCUUUGCUUCAACCUCAAUUAAGCUGCUUUUUAAGUGCCCUUCCUUUUGUUAACUCUCAGGGGAAUCUAAUAUCUUGUUUUUCUGCAAAAGGGUAGGUUCCAAAAUGGGCAGACAACCUUGUUGUGAUAAGGUUGGUUUGAAGAGAGGUCCAUGGACUAUUGAGGAAGAUCACAAGCUUAUGAAUUUCAUUCUCAACAAUGGUAUUCACUGCUGGAGAGCAGUUCCCAAGCUAGCAGGAUUGCUGAGAUGUGGAAAGAGCUGCAGAUUGAGAUGGAUUAAUUAUCUGAGACCAGACCUCAAGAGAGGUGGAUUUACUGAAAUGGAAGAGGAUCAAAUUAUACAACUACAUUCAUGUCUUGGUAACAGGUGGUCUAAGAUUGCUUCACAUUUUCCAGGGAGGACAGAUAAUGAAAUCAAGAACCAUUGGAACACAAAGAUAAAAAAGAGGUUGAAGGUCCUUGGUUUGGACCCUUUGACCCUGAUGCCAAUUGAGCAAAAGCAGCAACAGUCUGGUGAUGAUGACAAACUCAAGACAGAGAAACAGCAAAAAAGCACUUCAAAAGGGUCUGACCAAGGUGUGGAUAGCAAACCCUUGGACAUGCAUGCCACAGGAGAAGAGCCAAAAACAGAAGACAAAAUGGAAGAAAAAAAGGUAACAUGGGAUGACACCACUGGUUUUCUGAACAAUUAUGAAAUGUUGUGCUCACAGUUGGAGUUGGGAUCAUGGUUGAGCCAAGAAACCAAAGCCAGCACCAGCUCUUACUGUAGUUCUUCUUUCUCACUGGAUGAUUCUAGCAACCUUUCUGUCUGUGAAUCCUCUUAUCUUCAGGAAAAUUCCUUGCAACAAUGGGUUGAGGAUUUGGAUUCCAGUCUCUCAUGGGAUAGCUUCAAUCCACUUCACACUGAUUUUCCCUUCUUGGAAAAUAGGCAAUAAAGCAUAAUUCCCUCAUAACACCAUCCCAUUCUUACAAUCUCUCCAGCAAUAAAAUGCUACAAAAUAUCUUGUCAUCAAGAAUGCCACUUCAAUUCUACAAAAUCAAUGGUUUAUUCUAAUGUGAUUCCAUAUUGUUGAAUGUGAAUUGGAUACA